CCGACGCCAAUGCAGUGAGCAGCAGAGCAGUCUGUAACGUCUCUUGCAUCCAGCUCACCCGGAAGAUCAGGGAUUGCUGGUCAUUCAAGAAUGCUGGCCUAUCAAUCGUUUACCCUCUUGGCUUGUUUGAUUUGCCUGCCCUUCGUUUCCUCAUUAUACGAAGAUCAGGCGGGGUUGAACGAUUUCCAUGUACAAAAUAUCGGAAAACCCACAUCACUGUUGUUUCACCCUGAUCCGCACAAACGCAGGCUAUUCUUUGCAACUGAUCUCAACAUCAUCGGUGCGUUGGACAGCAAGCAUGGCACGAUCCUGUGGAGACACAGUCUUGGAAAUGAAGAAAUCAAUGCGAUCGAAUACAGUGGCAGAUUCUUGGCUUCGUUGAGUGGGAGAGGAAAGAUUGUCAGAGUAUGGAAUGCAGCUGAUGGUGUCUUGAUUUGGGAUCAGCCUACCAACUCAGAGGCUGACGACAGCCGACGAGACUUGAAGUUUUCCAUCAGAUUCGCCGACGUGAAUGGCGAUGACGUGGAGGAUGUUAUCGUGGCUACUGGGAACAUGGUGCUAGUAUUCUCAACAUCGAACGGAAGAAAAAUGUGGGAGUGGAAGUCUAGGAAGACCAACAUCAAGGACGCGGAGAUUCUGUUCGCGGAUGCCAAGAAUGUCCAGGUGGUUGCGGUCGAUUCGAACAAGGUUGAUCGAGAUCCCAUGGUUGCCAAGAUAAAUUCAAAAGAUGGCUCCACUAUCGCAGACUUUGGCAAGGCCAUUGAGGGAGCGUCCAAGUGCGAUAGUGUCUCUUCCAACUACGGGGGGGUCCUGGCAUGUCUUCAAGCGUCUUCAAGUUCUGUCCAUUUUUUCAAGGCCGAAACAGGAAAGCGAUGGACAAGCUCGGUCGCAUCGCAAGCGAGCAAGGAAGCGGUUUCCGUUGAGCUGCUGAAGAGUGAUGAGAUGAUGAUUGUGCGCUAUGUGAAUCAAGCAGCCAUAGUUGCAAGUCUAGAUGAAGGGACAGCGAAGGUUUUGCACACAUUCGAAGGUCAACCGGGCACGCUGAUCUCGUAUGGAAGCGACAAGAAUGGAGACGUUCUGGUUGCACAAGCUCAACCCACUAGCAAGGGGUUGGUGCUGAAGAGCUUUCAUUUGAAGACCAAGGAAUUGGUGACGAAUGAGAUUGCCUCGUCGAUCUGGUCCAAGGAGGAGAAUGGCAGUAUCGAGAUGAUGGCCGUCAAUCCAUAUGUUCGUAAGGAUGGUUCUGGAGGCCUGAGACUUCUUCUGCUGUCGGAGAACUACGCCUUGACCCUGUUCCAGCAAGGAUCCGUCCUGUGGGAGCGGCACGAGGCUCUUGCAUACAUUACAGAAGCGGAGCUUGUCGAUCUGCCUUUGCCUGCGCUUUCGCACAAUGAGUUGCUUGAUGAGAAUGUCAUCAACUCACUGAAUCCAAUCUCUCGAUUAGUCCGCAGAUGCAUCGCUGACAUGACCGAUCUCAUUGACUUCCUCAUGAAAUCAUCCCAGUUGCAGACCGGGGCGAGCACGAGGCAAAGAGCUGCGUGGGAUGAAGUUGGCGUGAGCUUGAAGCAUGACAUGCACGGGGAUCGCUUCGGCUUCAAUAAGAUUCUUGUCUUCGUCACCUCCCCUGGUAUGGUGUUUGGCAUGCACUCUCAGACAGGCAACAUCGUGUGGAAGAAAUUUUACGGCAAUGACGCAAUCUUGGAGCGCUUUUUCUUGACGAAGGCAACUUCACCUGAUGGCCAGCUGGAGUGCCUCGUGCUGGGGCGAUCAAAGCAGAACUCAGGGCACACGUUCGUCGCCUGGAUGCAGCCACUGACAGGAGCUGAGACUUCGAGGAAGGUGCUGCCUGUCAAAGUGAUCCAGGCGUCCCUUGUGCCACUCCUGACGCAGAAGCACUCGUACAUGGUAAUGAUGAUGGACAGCGCGCACAAGGUCCACCUGCUCCCCGACACGCCCAAGACCCGUGAAGCCUUCCGGAAGCGAGCUUUGCACGUCGUCUUCUACCUGGUGGACAAGGAGAGGUCGGCGAUCGACGGGUUUGGCAUGCGCGAGGUCGGCGAUGAGAUGAGAGGAGAAGUCAUCUGGACCGUGGCGUUUCCCAAGGGGGAGAAACUGCUCACGAUCUCGGCUCAGCGGAUGAACGAGGCCAUCAGGUCUGCGGGAAGAGUCCUUGGAAACCGCGCGGUCCUCCUGAAGUACCUUAACAAGAAUCUCCUUGCCGUUGCUACCGCGACGCAGGAGAGGAACGAGAGGAUUGGGCAAGCAGAUCCUGUUGUACGAGUGUACCUCAUCGACACCGUGAUCGGCGCCAUCGUUCACACGGCAUCGCACAAGGAUGCUACUGGACCUGUUGAGAUCGUUCAGUCGGAGAAUGUUGUCAUAUACACGUUGUGGAACAACAAGAAGCAACGCAACGAGAUUGCUGUCUUGGAGCUGUAUGAGAACACCAAGCACGAGAUCAUGACAGCCGGAGAGAUGAUGAUGUACAACGACAGCAAGACGACCUACACCAGCCAUGCUCUCGACAAGCCGCGCGUGCUGUCUCAGACUUACAUCACCCACACGGCGUUCAAGACCAUGGCGGUCGCCCAUACCAUGCACGGCAUCACCACCAAGAACGUCAUAGCCGCGCUUGCUUCGGAUCAAAUCUUCAGCAUCGACAAAAAGCUCUUGGACCCUCGCAGGCCCAUCGGAAAGCCUUCGCCCGACGACAUGGAGGAAGGGCUCAUGCCCUACAGCCCCUUCCUCCCUGUGAUGCCGACCGCCGUCCUCUCCUACAACCGCACCAUCCUGCAGCUGAGGAAGAUUGUUGUGGCACCAGCGCGUAUCGAGUCGACCUGCCUGAUGGUGGCGGUUGGAGCAGACGUUUUCUUCUCGCGGGUGACGCCAGCCAAGGCCUUCGACUGCCUUGGAGACGACUUCAACUACACCUCCCUCGUGCUCUCCACCUUGGCGCUCAUGAUCUUGUCAUGGGUUGUGAGCUGGUUCCAGGCCAAGCGUGAGCUUUCACAAGCAUGGAAGUGAAGAUAUUGAAAAGGAGAGAGAGGAGGCGGAGGAGAGCGGGAUCGAGGAAAGAAAGAACGAGGAGCGAUAUGGAAGAACAAGGGGAGGAGAUAGGAGAAUUGAAGUCUCAUAUGCUAGAAUACACGUGAAAAGGC